AUGAUAUUUGUGAAUGAUGACUUAGAAGUUGUGGAUCGGAAGAGUAGUCUAAGUAGAUACAUCAUUUAUAUCGCAACACAGAAGCGGUGCAAAAUCACUCGACGCAAGUCACGCUUUUUGAGUUCAAAUGCCAAUGUUAGUGAUGCAUCAUCGCCAACUUCUGAUAUCAUAGUUUCUGAAAAUUCUUCUAAAAAAUCUCGAAGAGUUGAUGUAAAUGAAUUUGAUAUUAGUUCAUUGGAGUUUGAUCCUGGAUUGCGUCGUCAGAUAUGGGAGUAUAAUGUUAAUCAACGGGAUGAAAUUCGACGAGCUUACAUUAAAGCUGGUCCGUACCAAAUAAUCCUCCCACAUUACCCAAAAUUUGGAGAUAAAAAUCAUCUUCGUAGCUUUCAACCUUCGUGGUACAAUCUAUUUCCUUCAUGGCUUGAAUAUUCGCGCGAAAAAGAUGCAGCAUUUUGUCUACCAUGCUUUCUCUUUAAUAAGCCAUCUGGGCAUCCUACGCAACGUGUAUUCACUAUAGAUGGAUUCAAGAGUUGGAAGAAAGUUAGAGAUGGAAAAAAUUGUGCUUUUCUCAAUUAUAUAGGAAAAGAUCCUAAUUCAUUUCACAGAAUUGCUAAGAGGUCAUACAAAGACUUGAAGAACCAGUCUCAACACAUCCAAAAUGUGUUUGAAAAUUUCACUUCUGAACAAAUUGCAAACAAUCGAUUGCAGUUAAAAGCCUCAAUUGAUGUUGUUCGAGUGCUUGCAUUUCAAGGUGUUGCUUUUAGAGGUCGGGAUGAAAGUGUGGAUUCAACGAAUCGUGGAAAUUUUCUUGAAAUAUUGAAUUUAAUGGUUUCAUAUAAUGAACAGAUUGCUGAAGUAAUAGCUAAAGCUCCAAAAAAUGCCUCUUAUACAUCACCAAUGAUACAGAAAGAAAUUUUACAUAUUUUUUCAACCAAAGUGAAGGAGACAAUUCGUAAAGAAAUUGGUAAUGCAAAGUUUUGCAUAAUGGUUGAUGAAGCUCGUGAUGAGUCAAUGAAAGAGCAAAUGGCUAUAGUUUUAAGAUUUGUCGACAAAGAUGAAUUGCGGAUUUCUCAAACUGCUGAAAUUGCUUACCUGAUGGAAAUUAAUGAGAUUGAGAGUGGAAGGGGACUUAAUCAAAUUAGUACUUUACAACGGGAUGGAGAUACUCGUUGGAGUUCUCACUUGAGAUCAAUUUCUAGCUUGAUCAAAAUUUUUAGUCCAGCUUGUGAAGUUAUUCUUAAAAUCAUUGAUGUGGGAACUACUUCUUCCCAACGAGCAGAAGCAGAUUCAGUUUAUCAGGUAAUGACUUCAUUUGAAUUUGUCUUCAUAUUGCAUCUCAUGAAAGAAACGAUGCAGAUUACUGAUCAUCUAUGUCAAGAAUUGCAAUCAAAAUCUCAAGACAUUUUAAGUGCUAUGAAUCUUGUUUCAUCAACUAAAGCAUAUAUCCAACAAUAUAGAGAUGAUAAAUGGGAUGAUUUACUUACCAAUGUAAAGUCAUUUUGCGAGAAACGCAAUAUAGAUGUCCCAGAUAUGAAUGCCCGUUAUGUUGAGAGGCGAGGUCGAGCUCACCAUCAACAAGCCGACUUUACAAUUGAGCAACAUUAUCGAGUGGAUAUUUUUUGUGCCAAUAUAGAUUCUCAAUUGCAAGAAUUAAAUCGCCGAUUUAGUGAUCAUGCAGUGGAGUUGCUUAUUCUCGGCUCAGCUCUUGAUCCUCGAGCCGCACGUGAAUUGUGA